AGAAGGAGAACAAGGCAAUGUUGACACAUGUGAACUAUUAUGGAGUAGUUAUGAUGUUUCUGGUCCAGAACCAGUACCAGCUUUGCAGUAAUGUCUCCCCCUCCUGCUGAACCUCCUCACCACUAAAAGCUCAGCAGGUAACAGUUGUGCAGCAGCGAUGGCGGAGGCCGGGGCCCAUCUCACCUCCACCGCCAACCAGCAGCCGUCCAUCUUUGAAGUUCUGGCGCAGGAGUCGCUGAUGGAGGCGGUCCGGCCCGCGCUGAGACACGCCGUCAAGGUUUUGGGUGAAUCCAACCCGUCCCGCUUGGGUUUCCUGUGGAGAAGUUUUGAUGAGCUGUACCUGCUGCUGGACCUGCUCCUGCAGAACCACUUCCUCAGCUCCUGCAGCGCCUCCUUCUCCGAGAACUUCUACGGCCUGAAGAGAGUUCCCGGCGGGCGGGGACUCCACGGUGGCCGGUGGCUGCACAGGAAGUCCCGCUGGCGCUCUCUCCUCCUGCUGUGCCUGCUGCCGUACCUGCGGGCCAAGCUGGAGGGCUCGCUGGCCCGCCAGCGGGACGAGGAAGACUUCUCCAUCCGGCUGGCCCGGUCCCGGAGCCAGCGGCUGUACCGGGCCGCCGUGACGGCCUACCCCUACGUCAGCUCGGCCUGGCAGGCCUGGGUGUUCCUCCAGCAGCUGCUCUUCGUGUUCGGGGCCACCAGGACCCACAGUCCUCUGCUGUGGCUGGCCGGAGCCAGACUGGCCCGGCUCAGCGCCCAGGACAUCCUGGACCUGGAGCAGAAGCCCGGCAGCAGCGGCUGCCCCGCCCACGGGAGUCUGGGCCGGAGAACGUGGUGGCUGCUGUCCCGGGCGGCCAGCGGCGCCGCCGUCUCCCUGUCCACCUCCCUGUCUCUGGGCGUCUUCUUCCUGCAGUUCCUGGAGUGGUGGUACUCCUCGGACAACCAGAGCGCCGUGAAGGCGCUUACGUCCCUGCCGUCCCCGCCGCCGCCCCUGCACCUGCAGCAGAACGGAGACGCAGACGGCCGGCCGAGCGCUGACCACAAGUGCUGUCCGCUGUGCCGGAAGCAGCGCAGCAACGCCACGGUGCUGUCCACCUCCGGCUUCGUCUUCUGCUACCGCUGCAUCUACACGUACGUGAAGGCCAGCCGCUGCUGCCCCGUCACCGGGUUCCCCAGCGAGCUGCAGCACCUCAUCAAGAUCUACUGUCCAGAGAGUUAGAGACGCUGGGGGUCAAGCCCGGCCCAAACACCGGCCCUGCCGGCCCACACGCCGGCCCUGCCGGCCCUGCUGGCCCAGACACCGGCCCUGCCGGCCCAGACGCCGGCCCUGCCAGCCCAAACACCGGCCCUGCCGGCCCUGCCGGCCCAGACGCCGGCCCUGCCGGCCCAAACGCCGGCCCUGCCGGCCCAGACGCCGGCCCUGCCGGCCCUGCUGGCCCAGACAUCCGGCCCUGCCGGCCCAGACGCCGGCCCUGCCGGCCCAGACGCCGGCCCUGCCGGCAUUCCCUAUGCAGGCUUGUAGCACCCUAUAAUGUAAUAAUUUCCUGAAAAUGUAAUAAAAUUUGCACUUAACUCAAUUGAAAAUGUAACAAAACCCAAUAAUGUAAUAGCUUCACCAAUAAUGUAAUAAAAUAUCCUGACCGAUAUUGUAAUAACAUUUUUACCAAUAAUGUAAUACCUUAUUACAUUAUUGGGAAUUUAUUACAUGGUACUCAAAGUCUGCAAUUUAACCCAAUAGUCUUUCUGGUGUUUCAAAUCCAGCGUAUAAAACAUUCUUAGAUACUUAAAACACAAAAUGUAGAACUCUGGACUGAAAAUAAACAUAUAUAUUACAUUAUUUGUCAAGUAUUACAUUAUCAGUUUUGGAGAAGAAAAAAAAAGACCCACCUGAAAAUGUAAUAAAUUCCCAAUAAUGUAAUAAGCUGUUAUAUUAUCGGUAAAAAUGUUAUUACAAUAUCAGUCAGGAUAUUUUAUUACAUUAUUGGUGAAUUUAUUACAUUAUUGGAUUUUAUUACAUUUUCGAUUGAGUUAAGUGCAAAUUUUAUUACAUUUUCAGGCGUUAUUACAUUAUAGGGUGAAAUUAUUACAUUAUAGGGUGAAAUUAUUACAUUAUAGGGGGCUACAAGGCCGGUUCCGAUGACUGUCUGAAAACAGUUUAUAUGUGUAAAGGUGACCAACAGAUGCUAUUAUUGUAAAUAAAAGAUUUUGUUUUUGUAAAUUAAAUUUUACAUUAACUGUGUGAUUCAGAUUGAAUAUUAAAUCUAAUAAAGUAUUUUCAAACUA